UGGUGAAGGAGGCUUGUGCACCGGGGUUUGGCCGGCAGUCUCGCCGCCGUAUGGCCGUGGAUUAGCUGUAUGCUCACGUCGACAAGGAAGAGGAGCCAGCGCCUGAGCGGGCUCACUUGCAGCCAUGGCUGAAGGUGGAGAAGGAGAGGAUGAGAUUCAGUUCCUCAGAACUGAUGAUGAAGUGGUGCUCCAGUGCGUGGCCUGCAUCCAGAAGGAGAACCGAAAGUUUUGCCUGGCUGCCGAAGGGCUGGGCAACCGGCUGUGUUACCUGGAGCCAACAUCUGAGGCAAAGUAUGUCCCUCCAGACCUAUGCAUCUGUACCUUUGUGCUGGAACAGUCCCUGUCAGUGCGGGCCCUGCAGGAGAUGCUGUCUAAAAGUGGACAGAACAGUGAAGGGACACGUGGCCCGGAUCGAUGGAGGCUGAUAAGAAAGGCAGCACAGAGUGGUGGCCACAAGACUCUACUGUACGGACAUGCCAUCCUCCUACGGCACUCCUUCAGUUCCAUGUACCUGGCCUGUUUGAAGACAUCAAGGUCACAGACUGAUAAGCUGUCAUUUGAUGUCGGCCUGCAGGAGGACUCAACAGGUGAGGCGUGUUGGUGGACAAUCCACCCCGCCUCCAAGCAGAGAUCAGAAGGAGAGAAGGUGCGCAUUGGUGAUGACCUCAUCCUUGUCAGCGUGUCCUCUGAGCGGUAUCUUCACUUGUCAAUCUCCAAUGGCAACAUUCAGGUGGACGCAUCCUUCAUGCAGACACUGUGGAACGUCCAUCCCAUCUGCUCUGGGAGCAACAUAGAGGAAGGCUACCUGUUGGGGGGCCAUGUGAUGCGACUAUUUCAUGGGCAUGACGAGGUGGUGACCAUCCCUGGUUCAGACCAGAGUGAAGAGCAGCAGAGGAUAGUCAACUAUGAGAUAGGCAAAGUUGGUGCAAAGGCGAGGUCGUUAUGGAGGCUGGAGCCACUCCGGAUCAGCUGGAGUGGGAGCCACAUCCGCUGGGGUCAGCCUUUCCGGUUGCGGCACCUGACAACUGGUCACUACUUGGCCCUGACUGAGGACCGGGGCUUGGUGCUUCAGGACCGUGAGAGGUCUGACACAAUCUCAACUGCCUUCUGCUUCAGAGCUUCUAAGGAAAAACUUGAGCAGAGCCCCAAGCGGGACAUUGAGGGGAUGGGUGUAGCAGAGAUUAAAUAUGGAGACUCGCUCAGCUUCAUAAUGCACGUGGCCACGGGGCUGUGGCUCUCCUACCAGGCACCUGAUGUCAAAUCUGCACGUUUGGGUCCUCUCAAAAGACGAGCGUGUCUACAUUCCGAAGGUCACAUGGACGACGGCUUGACUCUGCAGCGCUGUCAACAUGAGGAAUCUCGAGCAGCGCGCAUCAUCCGCAACACCACGCUUCUCUUUAACAGAUUCAUCAGAGAUCUGGAUUGUCUGGGUUUGAAGAACAAGGCACUUGUGGCUCUGCCCAUUGAGGAGGUGCUCCAAACCCUCAAUGACCUCAUCACCUACUUUCAGCUCCCUGACGCUGAGCUGGAGCAUGAAGAGCGGCAGAUCAAGCUACGCUCCCUCAAAAACAGGCAGAAUCUUUUCAAACAGGAAGGCAUGCUGACACUUGUGUCCAACUGCAUAGACCGUCUGAAUGUCUACAACAGUGUGGCUCACUUUGGGGAGUGUGCUGGGCCAGAGGCCGGAGAAGCUUGGAAAGACAUUCUCAACCUGCUUUAUGAGCUGUUGGCAGCAUUAAUCAGAGGAAACAGGAACAACUGCACUCAGUUUUCCAACAACUUGGAUUGGCUUGUUAGCAAGCUGGAGAGACUGGAGUCUUCUUCAGGGAUUCUUGAAGUUCUGCACUGUAUUCUAAUUGAGAGCCCAGAGGCUCUCAACAUGAUCCAGAAAGGACACAUCAAGUCCAUCAUAUCGCUGCUAUACAAACAUGGACGCAACCACAAGAUUCUAGAUGUGCUAUGCUCGCUGUGUGUUUGUAAUGGCGUCGCCGUGCGAACCAAUCAAAACCUCAUUUGUGAUCACUUGCUACCCAAGAGAGACCUGCUGCUACAAACCCAGCUGGUCAAUGACGUCCAAAGUAUGAGACCGAACAUCUUCCUCGGUGUGAGCGAGGGCUCAGCUCAGUAUAAGAAGUGGUACUACGAGCUUAUGAUUGACAAGGUGGACCACUUCGUGACCAGUGAACCCUCUCACUUACGAGUAGGCUGGGCUAACACCAAAGGCUACGCACCUUACCCUGGAGGAGGUGAAGGCUGGGGGGGCAACGGCGUGGGAGACGACCUCUAUUCCUAUGGUUUUGAUGGCCUGCACCUCUGGUCAGGUCGCAUCCCCCGGGCGGUUGCAUCCCUCAACCAGCACAUCCUCACCUUAGAGGAUGUGGUGAGCUGUUGCCUCGACCUCGGAGCUCCCAGCAUCUCUUUCCGCAUCAACGGACAGCCCGUUCAGGGCAUGUUUGAAAACUUCAACACGGACGGACUGUUUUUCCCUGUUGUCAGCUUCUCUGCGGGUGUCAAGGUAAGGUUCCUAUUGGGUGGUCGUCAUGGCAACUUUAAAUUCCUGCCACCAUCAAGUUACGCCCCCUGUUAUGAGGCCCUCCUGCCCAAAGAGAAGUUGCGGGUGGAACCAGUUAAGGAGUACAAGAGGGAUGUGGAGGGGGUCCGAGAUUUGCUUGGCACCACCCUCAUCUUGUCACAGGCCUCCUUCAUUCCGACACCUGUGGAAACCAGCCAGAUUGUUAUGCCAACUCAUUUAGAGAAAGUUCGUGACAAGCUGGCGGAGAACAUCCAUGAACUGUGGGGAAUGAAUAAAAUUGAACUGGGCUGGUCCUACGGCAAGAUCAGGGAUGAUAAUAAACGGCAGCAUCCAUGUCUGGUGGAUUUCUCCAAACUGCCCGAGACUGAAAAGAACUACAACCUGCAGAUGUCGACAGAAACUCUAAAAACCCUGCUGGCACUGGGCUGUCGAGUAGUUCAGGUCAAUUCCAAUGCUGAUGAAUCACUUAAGAAGAUUAAACUUCCAAAGAACUUCAUGAUGUCCAGUGGUUACAAACCAUCCCCUUUGGACCUGUCUGACAUAAAACUGACUCCAGGUCAGGAGUUGCUGGUGGACAAAUUGGCAGAGAACGCACACAAUGUGUGGGCCAAAGACCGCAUCAAGCAGGGUUGGACCUAUGGUAUCCAGCAGGAUCUGAAAAGUAAGCGUAACCCUCGCCUGGUCCCUUAUGCCAUGCUGGAUGAGCGCACCAAGAAGUCAAACCGUGACAGCCUCCGGGAGGCCAUUCGCACUCUGCUUGGUUAUGGUUACAACGUGGAGCCAUCUGAUCAAGAAGGCGGGCAAGUGGUUGAGCGUCUCAGCAUCGACAAAAUCCGAUUUUUCAGAGUAGAACGGACAUACGCGGUGAAGACCGGGAAAUGGUACUUUGAAUUUGAGGUCGUCACAGGAGGAGACAUGAGAGUCGGCUGGGCAAGACCUGGGUGUAAGCCCGAUGUGGAGCUCGGCACGGAUGAGUUGGCUUUUGUCUUUGAUGGAUACAGGGGCCACUGUCUGAACAUGGGUGGCCGCUUGUUUGGGCGCUGCUGGCACAGUGGCGAUGUGGUGGGCUGCAUGAUCAACAUGGAGGACAAAUCCAUGAUCUUCACCCUCAAUGGAGAGAUACUUAUCACCACCAAAGGCUCUGAACUUUGCUUCACUGACUUUGAAACAGAGUAUGGGUUCAUCCCGGUGUGUAGUCUGGGUUUAGCUCAGGUGGGUCGUAUGAAUCUUGGCAAAGAUGCCAGCACCUUUAAGUAUUACACCAUGUGCGGCCUUCAAGAGGGAUUUGAGCCCUUUGCUGUCAACAUGAACAGAGAGCUCACCAUGUGGUUCAGCAAGCGUUUACCAACGUUUGUCGACGUGCCAAAGGACCACAAUCACAUCACAGUGACAAGGAUUGAUGGGACUGUCGACAGCCCCCCGUGUCUCAAGGUUACUCACAAGAUAUUUGGCACCCAGAACAGCAACACAGACAUGGUGUUUUGUCGUCUCAGUAUGCCUGUGGCAUUUCACUCCUUCUUCAAGACCAGUCCUGUUAUCGACAUGAAUGGACUGCAUGACGAUGACACCCUCAAAGUCAAACACAGAUAUCCACUGCGAUCCGUGCGACACAGUGAUGAAAGUAGACGAGUGGACUACAGCAGCAUCACAAUGUACUACCACGCUGUGAGGGUCUUUGCUGGUCAAGACCCUGCACAUGUUUGGGUCGGUUGGGUUACCCCCGACUACCAUUAUCAUAGCAACAACUUUGCCCUCAGCAAGACCAGAACAGUGACUGUAACCUUGGGUGAUGAGCGAGGACGAGUCCACGAGAGCGUCAAGAGGAGUAACUGCUACAUGGUGUGGGGUGGUGACUUGAUCAACGCCACUCAUGGCUCAAGUCGUAGAAAUGUUGACCUGGAAAUUGGCUGUCUCAGUGACCUCGCCACUGGCCUGGUGACAUUCACUGCCAAUGGGAAGGAGGUAUCCACAUCCUACCAGGUGGAACCAAACACCAAGCUUUUCCCCGCUGUAUUUGUGCAACCCACCAGCCCUAACCUCUUUCAGUUUGAACUCGCCAAAAUAAAGAACGCCAUGCCACUGUCAUCAGCCAUUUUUAAAAGUGAACAUAAGAACCCGGUGCCUCAGUGUCCACCUCGUCUUGACGUCCAGACCAUCAAUGCGGUGUUGUGGAGCCGCAUGCCAAACACCUUCCUAAAAGUAGAAACAGCGAGGGUCAGCGAGCGACACGGAUGGCCCGUCCAAUGUGUGGAGCCUCUGCAGAUGAUGGCAGUUCACAUACCUGAGGAGAACAGGUGUGUGGACAUCAUGGAACUGUCCGAGCAGGAGGACAUGAGGGAGUUCCACUACCAUACCUUGAAGCUUUACUGCGCCCUCUGUGCUCUGGGCAACACCCGUGUGGCCCACGCCCUCUGCAGUCACUUAGACCAAUCCCAGCUGCUAUAUACCAUUGACAACCAGUACUUGUCCGGCAUGUUACGAGAGGGUUUUUACAAUCUUCUCAUCAGCAUCCAUCUGGAGACAGCCAAAGGUGCACGACUCAUGAUGAAAGAUGAGUUCAUUAUCCCGGUCACAGCAGAGACACGCUCUAUCCGUCUCUUCUCCAAUGCUUCCAAAAAGCACUCGCCACCUGGGGUAGGGCUCAGUACAUCGCUCAAGCCCCGCCUCAACUUUGCACCUGCCUGUUUUGUCAACACCAAACGGGAGCAUCAUCUGUACAGUCCCCAGAUCCCACUGGAUGCAUUAAAAGAAAAAUCUAUUUCAAUGUUGACCGAGGCGGUCCAAGGUGGUGGCCACUAUAUCCGUGAUCCUGUAGGAGGAGGUGUAGAGUCCCAGUUUGUGCCAAUCCUGAAGCUCAUCAGCACGUUGCUUACGAUGGGCAUCCUCGGGAGUGAGGAUGUUCACAAAAUCUUACUUCUCAUUGACCCUAAUGUAUUUAGGGAGACACACGAGGAAGGACGCAUCGGUACGAAUGACAAAGAAGGACUAACGGAGACGGAGGGGAAGGCAGUGGAAGCUGGAGAAGAAGAGGCAGCCAAAGAGGCAAAACAGCCAAUGAAAGGACUUCUGGAAAAAAGACUGCCUGAACCUGUAAAACGUCAGAUGUGUGAGCUGCUGCACUAUUUCUGCGACUGUGAGCUCAAGCACCGCAUCGAAGCCAUCGUGUCCUUUUCUGACAACUUUGUCUCCAAGCUGCAGUACAACCAAAAAUUCAGAUACAACGAACUGAUGCUCGCCCUUAAUAUGUCCGCUGCUGUAACGGCAAAGAAGACCAAGGAGUUCCGCUCGCCUCCCCAAGAACAGAUCAACAUGCUGCUGACCUUCAGCACUGGCGACGACUGUCCAUGUCCUUCAGAUAUCCAGGGGGAGCUUUAUGAUUUUCACAAUCAGCUGCAGCUACACUGUGGAAUUCCGAUGGAGGAAGACGAGGAUGAGCAAGAUACAUCUAUUAAAGGCCGCCUUCUCACACUAGUGAACAAAAUCAAAGUACAAGCUCAUAUAACUGAACAACCGUUGGAAAAGGAACAAGCUGCACCAUCCAACCUGAAGGAGUUGAUCUCGCAGACCAUGAUCAGCUGGGCCCAGGAGUGUCAUAUCCAAGAUCCGGAACUGGUGCGGAAGAUGUUCAGCCUACUGAGGAGGCAGUAUGACAGCAUCGGUGAGCUGCUCAGGGCCAUGAGGAAGACUUACACCAUCAGCGCCGCCUCGGUCCAGGAUACCAUCAAACUCUUGGCUUCUCUGGGCCAGAUCAGAUCGCUACUUUCUGUUCGGAUGGGGAAAGAGGAAGAAAAGCUCAUGAUUGAUGGACUUGGUGACAUCAUGAACAAUAAGGUGUUCUAUCAGCACCCCAAUCUAAUGAGAAUACUGGGCAUGCAUGAGACUGUCAUGGAGGUCAUGGUCAAUGUGCUCGGAGGGGACAAAUCCCAGGAAAUAGCCUUCCCCAAGAUGGUGGCCAGCUGUUGUCGGUUCCUGUGUUACUUUUGCCGCAUCAGUCGUCAGAACCAGAAAGCAAUGUUUGACCACCUAAGUUACCUCCUUGAAAAUAGCAGUGUUGGCCUAGCUUCACCGGCUAUGAGGGGCUCCACUCCUCUUGAUGUGGCAGCUUCCUCAGUUAUGGACAACAAUGGUCUGGCUCUCGCACUGGAAGAACCUGAUCUGGACAAGGUGGUGACCUACUUGGCAGGCUGUGGUCUCCAGAGUUGUCCGAUGCUUCUGGCCAAAGGUUAUCCAGAUAUUGGCUGGAACCCCAUUGAGGGAGAACGUUACCUCUCCUUCUUGCGCUUUGCCGUCUUUGUCAAUGGGGAGAGUGUGGAGGAGAAUUCCAGUGUUGUGGUCAAGCUGCUCAUCCGUCGUCCCGAGUGUUUCGGACCUGCCCUGAGGGGGGAAGGAGGGAACGGACUACUGGCGGCCAUGAAGGAAGCCAUCAAGAUCUCAGAGACACCUGCUUUGGAUCUGCCUGGUUCUGUGCAGGGAGUCAGCUGUGACGUAUCGGCUGAUGGCGACGAUGAAGAGGAAGUGGUGCACAUGGGCAAUGCCAUCAUGUCUUUCUACUCAGCGCUCAUUGACCUGUUGGGGCGUUGUGCUCCAGAGAUGCAUCUAAUCAACAAGGGCAAAGGUGAAGCUCUCCGUAUUCGUGCCAUUUUGCGCUCAUUGGUGCCCACUGAGGACCUAGUGGGAAUCAUCAGCAUACCACUCAAAACACCCAUUAUUAAUAAAGAUGGAGUGACAGAACCUGAUAUGUCAGCCUGCUUUUGUCCGGACCACAAGGCCCCCAUGGUGCUGUUCCUGGACCGAGUGUAUGGUAUUGAGGACCAGAGCUUUUUGCUUCACCUACUUGAAGUUGGGUUCCUUCCUGACCUGAGGGCUGCAAACUCUCUAGACACAGAGGGUCUGUGCACCACUGAGACAGCGUUAGCCAUGAACCGUUACAUCGGCUCAGCUAUGCUCCCUCUCCUCACCCGUUGUGCGCCCCUCUUUGCCGGCACCGAACAUCACGCCACGCUCAUCGAUUCCACCCUGCACACCAUCUACCGCCUCUCCAAGGGCCGCUCCCUCACCAAGGCCCAGAGAGACGCCAUAGAAGAGUGCCUGCUGGCUGUCUGCAAGCACCUUCGCCCCUCUAUGCUGCAGCAGCUUCUGCACCGCCUUGUCUUUGAUGUACCCUUGCUGACUGAAUACUGCAAGAUGCCUCUCAGGCUACUAACCAAUCACUAUGAGCAGAACUGGAAAUACUACUGCCUUCCAUCAGGCUGGGGCAGCUACGGCACAGCCUCUGAGGAUGAACUCCAGCUCACCAAGAAGAUCUUCUGGGGAGUGUUUGAUUCUUUGUCCCAGAGGCAGAAAUAUGAGCCUGAGCUGUUCAAGAUGGCAAUGCCUUGCCUCAGCGCCAUAGCUGGAGCUUUGCCGCCCGACUAUGUGGAUGCCUCCAUUUGUGGAACAGUGGACAAACCAGUUUCUGUAAAUGCUCAAGGCAACUUUGAACCCAAACCUAUCGCAACUACUACCAUUGCCCUCCCAGAGAAGCUUGAGCACUUUGUCAGCAAGUAUGCUGAACAUUCUCAUGAGAAGUGGUCAGCAGAGAAGGUGCUGCUUGGAUGGAAAUAUGGAGACUGUGUGGAUGACAAGGCUAGAAUUCACCCACAGCUCAGGACAUACAAAGCUCUGACAGAGAAGGAGAAAGAGAUUUACAGAUGGCCAAUCAGGGAGUCAUUGAAGACCAUGCUGGCAAUGGGCUGGAGUGUUGACCGGGCCAGAGAUGGAGAGAGCGUAUCUCAACAGAGGGAGAAUGAAAAAAUGCGAAAGAUCUCUCAGGUCUCACAAGCAAAUGGUUUUAAUCCCAGCCCAAUAGACACAAGCAACGUGGUCCUAAGCAGAGAGCUGCAAGGGAUGGUGGAGCUGGUGGCUGAAAAUUACCACAACAUCUGGGCCAAAAGAAAAAAGAGUGACCUUGGAAGUAGAGGCGGAGCUACGCACCCUAUGCUGGUGCCCUAUGAGACGCUCACAGCCAAGGAAAAGGCACGUGAUCGAGAGAAGGCUCAGGAUCUCUUCCGGUUCCUGCAAAUUAGUGGCUACAGCAUCACAAGAGGCCUCAGGGACUUGGAGCAGGAUCCCUCAUCCAUGGAGAAAAGGUUUGCUUACAGGUUCCUCAAAAAGCUGCUCAAGUACGUCGACUCGGCCCAGGACUUCAUCUCUCACCUCGAGGCCAUGGCUGCCAGUGGCAAAACAGACAGGUCACCUCAUGAGCAAGAAAUCAAGUUUUUUGCCAAAGUUCUUCUCCCGCUUAUUGACCAAUACUUCAAGAAUCACUCCCUCUACUUUCUGUCAUCACCCAAUCAAAACCUGAGUAGCAGCGGCUGCGCCUCCAACAAGGAGAAAGAAAUGGUGACCAGCUUGUUUUGUAAACUGGCAGCUCUUGUCAGACAUAGGAUCUCUCUCUUUGGAAGUGACUCGACCACGAUGGUGAGCUGUCUGCACAUCCUGGCACACACACUGGAUACCAGGACAGUGAUGAAGUCGGGCUCUGAAUUGGUAAGGGUCGGGCUCAGGACGUUCUUUGAGAAUGCCGCCGAGGACCUGGAGAGGACGUUCGAGAACCUCAAGCUGGGGAAGUUCACUCACUCGCGCUCACAGAUGAAAGGCGUGUCCCAGAACAUCAACUACACCACGGUGGCUCUGCUCCCCAUCCUCACCGCUCUGUUCGAACACAUCACGCAACAUCACUUUGGCAUAGACCUGCUUUUGGAUGAUGUCCAAGUGUCCUGCUAUCGAAUCCUGACCAGCCUCUAUGCUCUGGGGACCGGGAAAAACAUCUACGUAGAAAGACAGCUACCAGCUCUCGGCCAGUGUCUGGCCACCUUGGCGGGGGCCAUGCCGGUGGCUUUCCUGGAGCCGAUGCUCAAUAUGUACAACCCCUGCUCAGUCUUUACCACCAAGAGUGGCCGUGAGCGAAGCAUUCUCGGCAUUCCAGACUCAGUUGAAGAAAUGUGUCCCGGGAUGCCGCGUCUCGACGGGCUCAUUAAGGACAUCAACGACAUGGCCGAAUCUGGAGCGCGGUACACAGAGAUGCCCCAUGUGAUUGAGGUGGUCCUUCCCAUGCUUUGUAACUACCUGUCCUAUUGGUGGGAGAGGGGGCCUGAGAACCAGCCAGCCGGUGGCAGCAGCGUGUGCUGUACCACUGUCACUUCAGAACACCUCAGCCUCAUUCUGGGCAACAUCCUCAAGAUCCUCAACAACAACCUGGGCAUUGAUGAGGCCUCGUGGAUGAAAAGGAUUGCAGUCUAUGUGCAGCCUAUCAUUAGCAAAGCUCGCACUGCUCUGCUAAAGAGCCACUUCCUGCCCACGCUGGAGAAGCUGAAGAAAAAGACAGUGAAGGUGGUGGCCGAGGAGGAGCUGUUGAAGGCAGACGGCAAGGGAGACACCCAGGAGGCAGAACUGCUCAUCCUGGACGAGUUUGCUGUGCUCUGUAGGGACCUUUAUGCCUUUUACCCCAUGCUCAUCCGCUAUGUGGACAACAACAGGUCCAGAUGGCUGAAAGAACCAGACGCUGACUCAAUUGAGCUUUUCAAGAUGGUUGCUGAAAUUUUUAUCCUUUGGUGCAAAUCCCAUAAUUUUAAACGAGAGGAGCAGAACUUUGUGGUCCAGAAUGAAAUCAACAACCUGUCCUUCUUGACUGGAGACAAUAAAACAAAGAUGUCAAAGUCCUAUAAGGAAAAGUCUGGGGGACAAGACCAGGAGAGGAAACACAAGAAAAGGCGCGGUGAGUUCUACUCCAUCCAGACAUCACUGAUCGUGGCCGCUCUCAAGAAGAUGCUUCCAAUCGGCCUCAACAUGUGCACCCCAGGGGACCAAGAGCUCAUCUCUUUGGCCAAGACGCGCUAUCUCCUGAGAGACACAGAUGAUGAGGUCAAAGAUCACAUUCGGCACAAUCUUCACCUCAGAGAAAAGUCGGAAGACCCUGCUGUGAGGUGGCAGUUAAACCUUUACAAACAUGUAAUGACACGAGGCGAGGGGCCUGCUGACCCUGAGAUGGUGGUGGAUCGUAUCCAGAGGAUCUCUGCUGCCGUUUUUAACCUGGAGCAGGUGGAGCAACCACUGAGAUCCAAGAAAUGUGUCUGGCAGAAGUUGUUGUCCAAGCAGCGCAAAAGAGCAGUCGUUGCUUGUUUCCGAAUGGCUCCACUUUAUAACCUGCCGAGGCAUCGCUCUAUUAAUCUCUUCCUCCUGGCCUAUCAGAGAAUAUGGAUAGAAACAGAGGAGUACUCUUUUGAGGAGAAGCUAGUACAAGAUCUUGCUAAAACACAACACAAAGUGGAAGAGGAGGAAGAGGAGGAGGUCAGAAAACAGCCCGAUCCUCUUCACCAGCUCAUUUUGCAUUUCAGCCACAAUGCUCUUACAGAGUGCAGCUCCGUGGAAGAUGAUCCGUUAUAUAUCGCAUAUGCAGAUAUGAUGGCAAAGAGUUGUGCUGAAGGUGAAGAGGAGAAUGAUGAGGAAGAGAAAGAGAAAACAUUUGAGGAGAAGGAAAUGGAGAAACAAAAGAUGUUGUACCAGCAGGCCCGACUGCAUGACCGUGGGGCUGCAGAAAUGCUGCUCCAGAUGAUUGGUGCUAGUAAAGGUCGACUGGAUGCCAUGGUGACCUUCACCCUGAAACUGGGCAUCUCGAUUCUCAAUGGGGGAAACAUUCUGGUCCAGCAGAAAAUGUUGGACUACCUGAAAGAGAAGCGAGAUGUCGGCUUCUUCAAAAGCUUAUCUGGACUAAUGAUGUCUUGCAGUGUGCUGGACCUCAAUGCUUUUGAGAGGCAAAACAAAGCAGAAGGUCUUGGGAUGGUUACAGAAGAGGGAUCAAUCAACGUGAGUGAGCGGGGUUCCAAAGUGCUUCAGAAUGAUGAUUUCACGAAGGAUCUUUUUAGGUUUCUGCAGCUUCUGUGUGAGGGACAUAACAACGAUUUCCAGAACUUUCUAAGGACACAGACUGGAAACACAACUACAGUUAACAUCAUUAUUAGCACUGUGGACUACUUGCUCAGGCUUCAGGAAUCCAUCAGUGAUUUCUACUGGUACUACUCUGGAAAGGAUAUUAUUGACGAGGCGGGUCAGAGGAACUUCUCCAAAGCGCUGGCAGUUGCUAAGCAGGUCUUCAACUCAUUAACGGAGUACAUACAGGGUCCAUGUAUUGGAAACCAACAGAGUCUGGCUCAUAGCAGAUUGUGGGAUGCAGUUGUGGGCUUCCUGCAUGUUUUUGCCAAUAUGCAGAUGAAGUUAUCCCAGGACUCCAGUCAGAUUGAAUUAUUAAAGGAGCUGCUGGACCUGCAGAAGGACAUGAUCGUUAUGAUGCUCUCUCUUCUCGAAGGAAAUGUUGUCAAUGGGACCAUUGGUAAACAAAUGGUUGACACCUUGGUGGAAUCGUCCAGCAAUGUGGAAAUGAUCCUCAAGUUCUUUGACAUGUUCCUCAAGUUGAAGGACCUGACCACCUCAGACAGCUUCAAGAUCUAUGAUGCCGAAAGCAAAGGUUUCAUCUCCAAGAAGGAUUUCCAGAAGUCCAUGGAGAACCAGAAGCAGUAUUCCCAGUCGGAGAUCGAGUUUCUUCUGUCUUGUGCCGAGGCGGAUGAAAACGACAUGUUCAACUAUGUGCAGUUCGUGGAGAGGUUCCAUGAGCCUGCUAAGGACAUUGGCUUUAACGUGGCUGUUCUGCUAACCAACCUCUCAGAACACAUGCCACAUGAUGCUCGCCUUUCGACGUUCCUGGACCUGGCCGAGAGUGUCCUCAGCUACUUUGAACCCUACUUGGGUCGUAUUGAGAUCAUGGGUGGAGCCAAGCGCAUCGAACGAGUCUACUUUGAUAUCAGCGAGUCGAGUCGAACUCAAUGGGAGAAACCUCAGGUGAAGGAGUCUAAGCGACAGUUCAUCUUUGAUGUGGUCAAUGAAGGCGGGGAGAGCGAGAAAAUGGAACUGUUUGUAAACUUCUGCGAGGAUACCAUUUUCGAGAUGCAACUAGCAUCUCAGAUUUCAGAGCCGGACCCAGUCGAACGUCAGGAGGAAGAUGACGAAGAUGUCAACCAGAGCGUGGCCGAGAACCAGGAGGAGGAAGAGGAGGAGAGUGUGAUCUUGGAGUCUUCAUCUGCCUUUACCUUUGCUUGUAUCUCCAUGAGGAAAAACAUCUGCCACUUCCGCCAGCUGCUCACUCUCAAGAGCAUGAAACAACAGUACAGAAAAUUCCGGAAGAUGAGCGUGAGGGAAACGGUGCAAGGCUUCUUUGCUUUCUUCUGGAUGAUCAUCACAGGUCUCCUCCAUUUUGUUUACAGCUUGGUAUGGGGUUUCUUCCAUAUUUUGUGGACGACCAUGUUUGGGGGUGGCCUUGUUGAAGGGGCAAAGAAUAUGAAGGUCACAGACAUCCUGGGGAACAUGCCAGAUCCCACUCAGUUCGGGAUCCACGGGGAUGUGCUGGAGACGGAGAAGAUGGAGGCGCAUGAGGCGUCAACAUUGACCGAGCUGGGUCACAUGGCUCAGGGGGAAGCAGCCGAGACCGACCUGAUGGCCGAGCUGCUCAACGUCCCACCUAAGAAGGAGGGCAAACAUGGAGCAGAGCCUGGAUUGGGGGAUGUGUCUGAGGUGGUUGUGGGAGGCGAUGCUCCAUCCAUAGCCACUGCUGUCAAGCAGAAGAAGGCUCAGAUGGCUGCAAAGAAGCGGACAUCAAAUGGAGACUACAAAUCGGAUUCAGAGAAAGCAGACUCUGAUGAUGGCGAGAAGGACCACAACAAGGCCAAAGAUGAAGCCCCUCCUGAGCCAUCAUUGGAGAGGAAAGUCCCCAAGAAGCGACUCGGUCUGAAGAAAGAACCACCCGAGGCCUUCACAGCCAGCUUCUUUGCUGGUUUGGAAAUCUACCAGACCAAGAUGCUGAACUACCUAGCCAGAAACUUCUACAACCUGCGAUUUUUGGCACUCUUUGUUGCAUUUGCAAUCAACUUCAUUCUUCUCUUUUAUAAAGUUACUGGUGAUAACUCUGAUGAUGAGGACCCUUGGAAUGGUCGAGGGAGAACUGGGGAGGAGGAGGAAGAAGACGGCUCUCUUGAAUAUUUUAUCCUACAAGAGAGUACAGGUUACAUGGCACCAACACUUCGCUGUCUGGCAAUACUGCACACUAUUAUAUCUUUUUUGUGUGUAGUGGGAUACUACUACCUGAAGGUUCCUCUGGUGGUGUUCAAGCGUGAGAAGGAGAUAGCCAGGAAGUUGGAGUUUGCUGGACUUUACAUCACAGAGCAGCCGUCAGAUGAUGACAUUAAAGGACAAUGGGACCGGCUGGUCAUUAAUACGCCGUCCUUCCCCAACAAUUACUGGGAUAAAUUUGUCAAACGAAAGGUGAUCAAGAAAUAUGGUGAUCUGUAUGGAGCUGAGAGGAUUGCAGAGCUGCUGGGCUUGGACAAAAGUGCUCUGGAUUUUAAUCCUACGGAGGAAGCUGUCACCAAGGAGGCCUCAUUGGUGUCCUGGUUGAGCUCAAUUGAUACAAUGUACCAUAUCUGGAAAAUGGGGGUGGUCUUUACAGACAAUUCAUUCUUGUACCUUGUGUGGUACACGACCAUGUCCAUUCUGGGCCACUACAACAACUUCUUCUUUGCUGCACAUCUAUUGGACAUUGCCAUGGGAUUCAAGACGCUCCGCACCAUUUUGUCCUCUGUCACUCAUAACGGCAAACAGCUGGUGUUGACAGUGGGCCUCCUGGCCGUCGUGGUCUACCUCUACACUGUGGUGGCCUUUAACUUCUUCAGGAAGUUCUACAACAAGAGUGAAGAUGACGACGAGCCAGACAUGAAGUGUGAUGACAUGAUGACGUGCUACUUAUUCCACAUGUAUGUCGGUGUGAGAGCGGGGGGAGGCAUCGGCGAUGAAAUAGAAGAUCCGGCUGGUGACCCCUACGAGCUGUACCGCAUCCUUUUUGACAUCACCUUCUUCUUCUUCGUCAUUGUCAUCCUCCUGGCCAUCAUCCAGGGUUUAAUCAUUGAUGCUUUUGGAGAGCUCAGAGACCAGCAGGAACAAGUCAAAGAGGACAUGGAGACAAAAUGUUUCAUUUGUGGUAUCGGAAAUGACUACUUUGACACAACGCCGCACGGCUUUGAGACUCACACUUUGCAAGAGCACAAUUUGGCCAACUACCUGUUUUUCCUGAUGUACCUCAUCAACAAGGACGAGACUGAGCACACUGGCCAGGAGUCGUAUGUGUGGAAGAUGUACCAGGAGCGCUGUUGGGAUUUCUUCCCAGCCGGAGACUGCUUCCGCAAGCAGUACGAAGAUCAGCUGGGAUAGAGGCGAUGCAUCCUCCUUACCUCCAUCCAGGGGGUGCUGCUGCUCUGAUCUUCUCCCAUUAACCCAUCCACUCUUGAAGGGAAGGCGACCCAAAUGACAUUUUUAAUCUAGCAACAAAAAGUGAUGCCCUCAAUAACCUUCACUUUGGAUGUCAGCCUCUAAUUUACUUUGUCAGGUUUUGGUUUUGGGGGGCCCUUUUGACAGCAUUGCCUUUUACUCUGCAUAACCCCUCCCCAAUCAUUGCACAAUGUUUUGUUGUCUUCUUGAGAAACUCUUGUGUGUGUGUGUGUGUGUGUGUGUGUGUGUGUGUGUGUGUUUGUGUGCGUGGGUUAUGAGACAAUUUGUCAGUCAAAUUAUGCACAAGAAUCCAACAUAAUUAUUUAGAGAAUGUUGAGACUUUAUGCCAAAAGAAGUGUCAAGUGCAUUUGUUGUGGUCCCUUGAAAAUGAAGUGUAGAGGCAAACAGUAUUAUGUAAAAUAUAAUUUUUUAAAAUUGUUUUCCAUGAAGUGCCUUAUACUGUAGUACCAAGUCUACAUUAGAAAGAAGCUAUGCAAACCCUUGUGCUGUCUUUUCUUAUUGUAAGUAGAUUACAGAUAGACUUUUUUUCAUUUGACAGAAGAGAAGAAAAUGGGAUUCAUUUGUUUUGCUGAAUGCAGCAUACAUGCAAAUGUUACAUGUUGUAUAAAUGACAUCUGAGUUGACUUGGCACAGCAAACGUGGAAUUGCUAUCGUAUGGCCGUUUAUAUGUUGUAGCUUUGCAGAUUUGUGCAUUUCUUUUGAUGGGACUAAAAUAAACUUGU